CCCGAAAAAAAAAAUUAGUAAAGUGUUUUAUUAGCAUAAAAAGGGUUUAAGUUCUUAACCUUUUUGAUCUAUUUUAUUCCAUGUAGAAAUCUAAUAUCACCAAAAAAGACAGAAAUAGAAAGAGUUAAGUAGACGUUCUUUUCUUUCUUCUGAAGCAAGAUGGUUUAGAGAGUAAAUACAUAGAUAAUGAAUAGUACUGAACGAUUUUUUUAAACAAUAGAACAUUACUAAAACUAAAGGAAGAGAAAAAAAGACUUUCCCCAGGCUAAUCAAGUGAAAGGGGGGGCCAUAACAUACUGUUUUUCAGUGCAAUAAAGUUACAUAGUGUCUACUUUUCGUUGCUAAAGAGGUAUUUCCAUGGGUUUGCCUUGGUAUCGUGUUCAUACCGUCGUAUUGAAUGAUCCCGGUCGUUUGCUGUCUGUUCAUAUAAUGCAUACAGCUUUGGUUGCUGGUUGGGCCGGUUCGAUGGCUCUAUAUGAAUUAGCGGUUUUUGAUCCUUCUGACCCCGUUCUUGAUCCAAUGUGGAGACAAGGUAUGUUUGUUAUACCUUUCAUGACUCGUUUAGGAAUAACCAAUUCAUGGGGUGGUUGGAAUAUUACCGGAGGAACUAUAACGAAUCCGGGUAUUUGGAGUUAUGAAGGUGUGGCUGGGGCGCAUAUUGUGUUUUCCGGCUUGUGCUUCUUGGCAGCUAUAUGGCAUUGGGUGUAUUGGGAUCUAGAAAUAUUUUGCGAUGAACGUACAGGAAAGCCCUCUUUGGAUUUGCCUAAGAUUUUUGGAAUUCAUUUAUUUCUUUCAGGGGUGGCUUGUUUUGGGUUUGGUGCUUUUCAUGUAACUGGCUUAUUUGGUCCUGGAAUAUGGGUGUCCGAUCCUUAUGGACUAACUGGAAAGGUACAAGCUGUAAAUCCAGCGUGGGGUGUGGAAGGUUUUGAUCCUUUUUGAGCCUCGGAACAAUAGGGCCGUUAUACUCAUUACUAAACUUGUUAAAGAGAUGAAAUAGAACCAAGGUAUAUCUUUUUGAUCCGAGGUUGAAUCGAUCAUCAGAAGAAGAAUUAGGCCAAAAAUUAGGAUACAUUCUGGGAAAAUAAAACUUCCAUCGAAGAGAAGCAAAUGAAAGGCUUUCAUAAAAAUUCUCGUAGAAUCGAGAAUGAAGUUUUCAUUCUGUACAUGCCAGAUCAUGAAUUAGUAACUGCAUCCAAUCUCAAACAAAAUCCCAAUUGUUUCGAACUUGCUCUUUUUUUUGGAAUGGAAUAUUUAUGGAAUCCCCAUAACCCAUAAAUAGGGUCAAACCUUAUUUCAUGGUAUUUACCUCUUUCUUAUUCUUAAGCAAGUCCCCGAGAGGGCGUAAAUGAUCCAUGAUUUAUGUUUCAUCUUUCGUUUCCUUUUCGUUUGUUUCGAGAAAUAUAGCGAUCAAUUCCGAUUCUUUCUUUUUCUAUCGAUUCUUUUCCGAUCGAGAUGUAUGGCUCCAUGAGUCUAUGCGUCUAUAUAGAUCCUGUUCAUGGAUUAACGAAAAUGUGCCAAAGCUCUAUUUGCCUCUGCCAUUCUAUGAGUCUCUUCCUUUUUGCGUAUGGCAUCGCCACUCCCUUUGGCAGCAUCCACUAAUUCGGAACUUAAUUGGAAAGCCAUGUUUCGGCCCGGACGUUUUCGGGAGGCCCCUAAUAACCAACGAAUGGCAAGUGCUUUUCCUUGUGUGGAUCCUAUUUCAAUCGGAACUUGAUGAGUCGAUCCGCCUACACGUCUUGCUUUUACUGCUAUAUCGGGAGUUACUCCACGUAUUGCUUGACGUAAAACAGAUCGUGGAUUUGUUUCUGUCUUUUGUUGAAUCUUUUUCACGGCCCGAUAGAUAAUUUGAUAAGCCAAUGAUUUUUUUCCAUGUUUCAGAAUACGGUUAACCAGCAUGUUAACUAAUCGAUUACGAUAAAUUGGAUCGGAUUUUGCAGUUUUUUCUUCUGCAGUACCUCGACGUGACAGGAGCGUGCAAGAGGUCUUUCAUAUCUUUCGAGAUCCACCCUACAAUAUGGGGUCAAAAAGCCAAAAUAAAUGAUUUUAUUAGCCCCUAGAAAAAGAAAACGAGUUGACUCCUGGGGGUUGGUUGCUCUGAAAAAUCCUUUCUUUCUCGUCCACUCAGGGGGGUGCGGACACACCUGCGCGGAUUACAGGUGACGGUUACAAGAAUGGCGGGGAAGUAAACAGUACCCGACGACAUUCAGGGAUGGAUGUAGACCCAUCGGGCAGGGAUAAUCAUUCCGGUCCUGGGAGAGGUUAUGCAAUAUACUCGAACUUUGUGAGAGGAACGAGCUCGCAUUUGAAUUAGAAAAGAGGAACGAAGUAGUGAGCCCGAAGGGCGAAGGAACGAAGUUGCUCGACUGAAAGGAGAGGAGGGGAAUAUGUGAGCCCGAAGGUUUAUCAUAUGUUCGACCGUAGGGAGAAGGUGCGAAGUUGCUCGACUGAAAGGAGAGGAGGGGAAUAUGUUCGACCGUAGGGAGAAGGUGCGAAGUUGCUCGCAUUUGAAUUAGAACAAGAAGGAGAGGAGGGGAACAAAGACAAGAAAAUUUCGGGGUAGUACACAUUCUCUAGAAUUUCUCUUAGAUUCAAACCCAUAGCUGCUAAUAGAACUAGAAUAGAUAU